AUGCUCAACAAGUCUUUAGCUGAACAGCGGCAAUACGAGGAAGCAAAGAAAGGGGCGCUGAAGAAAGCUGAGCAAGUCAAAGAAAACGCAGACUGGCGGCGCAAAGACCAGCGGCUCAAAGACCGGCGGCUCAAAGGCCGGCAGCACAAAGACCAGCGGCGCAAAGACCAGCGGCGCAAAGACCAGCAGCGCAGAGACCACCACUCCAAUCGCAAAGUGCCACGAAUCGAGCCAGGGACGACCGGAGGCAGGCUGCGGCAAAUAGAUUUUCAGCCAAUGCUCAACAAGUCUUUAGCUGAACAGCGGCAAUACGAGGAAGCAAAGAAAGGGGUGCUGAAGAAAGCUGAGCAAGUCAAAGAAAACGCAGACUGGCGGCGCAAAGACCAGCGGCUCAAGGACCGGUGGCUCAAAGGCCGGCAGCGCAAAGACCAGCGGCGCAAAGACCAGCGGCGCAAAGACCAGCAGCGCAGAGACCACCACUCCAAUCGCAAAGUGCCACGAAUCGAGCCAGGGACGACCGGAGGCAGGCUGCGGCAAAUAGAUUUUCAGCCAAUGCUCAACAAGUCUUUAGCUGAACAGCGGCAAUACGAGGAAGCAAAGAAAGGGGUGCUGAAGAAAGCUGAGCAAGUCAAAGAAAACGCAAGGCCGGUGGCGGAGGGGCCGGUGGGCAGAGGCCGGUGGCUCAAGGACCGGUGGCUCAAGGACUGGCGGCGCAAAGACCAGCGGCUCAAAGACCGGCGGCGCAAAGACCAGCAGCGCAGAGACCACCACUCCAAUAGCAAAGUGCCACGAAUCGAGCCAGGGACGUCCGGAGGCAGGCUGCGGCAAAUAGAUUUUCAGCCAAUGCUCAACAAGUCUUUAGCUGAACAGCGGCAAUACGAGGAAGCAAAGAAAGGGGCGCUGAAGAAAGCUGAGCAAGUCAAAGAAAACGCAGUAGAACACCAAAGUGAAAGAAAUUGUGAGAGAGGCCGGUGGCGGAGGGGCCGGUGGGGCAGAGGCCGGUGGCUCAAGGACCGGUUGCUCAAGGACUGGCGGCGCAAAGACCAGCGGCUCAAAGACCGGCGGCUCAAAGGCCGGCAGCACAAAGACCAGCGGCGCAAAGACCAGCGGCGCAAAGACCAGCAGCGCAGAGACCACCACUCCAAUCGCAAAGUGCCACGAAUCGAGCCAGGGACGACCGGAGGCAGGCUGCGGCAAAUAGAGGAUCAUCUCAGAAAGAAUCAACAGAUGUUUCAAAAGCCAAGAGAGGAAGAAAGAAAAAGUUUUCAGCCAAUGCUAUACAAGUCUUUAGCUGAACAGCGGCAAUACGAGGAAGCAAAGAAAGGGGUGCUGAAGAAAGCUGAGCAAGUCAAAGAAAACGCAGUAGAACACCAAAGUGAAAGAAAUUGUGAGAGAGGCCGGUGGCGGAGGGGCCGGUGGGGCAGAGGCCGGUGGCUCAAGGACCGGUGGCUCAAGGACUGGCGGCGCAAAGACCAGCGGCUCAAGGACCGGUGGUUCAAAGGCCGGCAGCGCAAAGACCAGCGGCGCAAAGACCAGCGGCGCAAAGACCAGCGGCGCAAAGACCGGCGGCUCAAAGGGCGGCAGCGCAAAGACCAGCGGCGCAAAGACCAGCGGCGCAAAGACCAGCGGCGCAAAGACCAGCAACGCAGAGACCACCACUCCAAUCGCAAAGUGCCACGAAUCGAGCCAGGGACGACCGGAGGCAGGCUGCGGCAAAUAGAGGAUCAUCUCAGAAAGAAUCAACAGAUGUUUCAAAAGCCAAGAGAGGAAGAAAGAAAAAGUUUUCAGCCAAUGCUCAACAAGUCUUUAGCUGAACAGCGGCAAUACGAGGAAGCAAAGAAAGGGGUGCUGAAGAAAGCUGAGCAAGUCAAAGAAAACGCAGUAGAACACCAAAGUGAAAGAAAUUGUGAGAGAGGCCGGUGGCGGAGGGGCCGGUGGGGCAGAGGCCGGUGGCUCAAGGACCGGUGGCUCAAGGACUGGCGGCGCAAAGACCAGCGGCUCAAGGACCGGUGGCUCAAAGGCCGGCAGCGCAAAGACCAGCGGCGCAAAGACCAGCGGCGCAAAGACCAGCAGCGCAGAGACCACCACUCCAAUCGCAAAGUGCCACGAAUCGAGCCAGGGACGACCGGAGGCAGGCUGCGGCAAAUAGAGGAUCAUCUCAGAAAGAAUCAACAGAUGUUUCAAAAGCCAAGAGAGGAAGAAAGAAAAAGUUUUCAGCCAAUGCUCAACAAGUCUUUAGCUGAACAGCGGCAAUACGAGGAAGCAAAGAAAGGGGUGCUGAAGAAAGCUGAGCAAGUCAAAGAAAACGCAGUAGAACACCAAAGUGAAAGAAAUUGUGAGAGAGGCCGGUGGCGGAGGGGCCGGUGGGGCAGAGGCCGGUGGCUCAAGGACCGGUGGCUCAAGGACUGGCGGCGCAAAGACCAGCGGCUCAAAGACCGGCGGCGCAAAGACCAGCAGCGCAGAGACCACCACUCCAAUAGCAAAGUGCCACGAAUCGAGCCAGGGACGUCCGGAGGCAGGCUGCGGCAAAUAGAGUUCUCCUGGUGAGGCUUCUGGCGCUCGUCAGAUCGCCAAGAGCAAAGGCCCGCCUAAUCAGGAUUUAUGGCCCCCUGUGACGGAUUUGGGGGGGUGGUUAAAGAAAAAUGUUCUAAGUCAUUUUUGUUUGAUAUGACUUCAAUAAAAUUUUAUCUUGUGCAAAGGCCCGCCUAUAUGUUUAUAUACUAUAGUACAAUGAAUAGAGAAGAGAACAAAGAGUGUUGCUGAUGUGUUUUUUUCUUUUUUUCAUUUUGCAUUUCAUAUUUUUUUCUCCAUUAGGUAAAUUUUGAAGAAAAUUUUAAAAAUCUUUUACACAACACAAAAUCACCAACCAACUGUCCGUAAGGGACAUCCCUGGUAGGGGGUAUUGGGCCCUUGGCAACGGUAUUUGCAAAGUUCUACUGGCCUCUUUAUGCAUCUGAGUGUCCACAAUCCCCAGAUCUUGCGCCCGAUACAUUUAACUUUCCACGUGUCACUGACGAGGAUGCUGAAGUUCUAGGGAAACCCAUCACUAUGGCAGAAGUCUCUGAGGCCAUUGCUGGUUAGCUGGAUUGAGUGUUCCCAGUUUCUUUACCCUUACUAAUGAAGUACUUUGGAUAGGAGUCUUCCUUGUUACCCCUUCUUAGAAUAGUAUUAGGUAUGGCCCAUGUUCUUUUUACAUUACUUUUGUUUUCCUCUAAAAGCUGUCCAUAAUAUUCCUUCUUGCAUGUUCUUAUGAUCUGCAUUAACUUAUUUUUGUAUUUUUUGUAUUUAAUUUCUGUCUCUUUUGUUCUCUUUUUUAAGUAGUUUUUAUAAAGAGUAUUCUUUUCUUACAUGCAUUCUGCUAUCCUUUUGUAAUCCAUGGACAAUGGAAAUACUUAAUAUUUUCCUUGAACAUGGUAAUAAUAAAUUCUUCAACUGUUAUUUAUCCGCUUUUCUUUAGGUAACGUGCUUGUUUAGCUAUAUCUGUUUUGAACACAAUGCUGAUAUAU